ACUCCGUACUUCCCUUCCACCGCUCUGAACUCAGUUACUUCUUAACCUUCGUCGCUAUCGCACGACAAGUUCCUACCUACUUUUGAAUAUUAUUCUGAAAGAUGGGUCUUGAAAUCAAGUCGGUACUGGUGGUAGACGGUGUCGGCCCGAGAUGCGCCGAGAUACUUACUUCCCAUGGGAUCAACGUGACUACAAAAGCGAAGAUUUCUAAGGAGGAACUUCUCCAAGAAAUCCCUAACCAUGAAGCUUUGGUGGUGAGAUCUGCGACCCAAGUGACCAAGGAGGUUCUGGAUGCAGGCAUUAACCUGAAGGUAGUUGGACGGGCCGGGGCUGGUGUAGACAAUAUUGACGUUGAAGCUGCUGCUGCCAACGGAGUCGGAGUAAUCAAUGCUCCAGGCGCGAACGCUCUGAGUGCUUGCGAGUUGACUUGUGGGCUGACUCUGGCGCUGGCUCGCCACAUCGUCCCAGCUGCGGCAGCCCUGAAAGAUGGCCGUUGGGAACGGGCGCUCUAUACCGGCACUGAAGUGUUCGGGAAGACUUUGGCUGUUAUCGGGCUCGGCAGGGUUGGCAGAGAAGUUGCAUUCCGUAUGAACGCAUUCGGAAUGAAGGUUGUGAGCUAUGACCCAUACGUGCCAGUGGAUGCAUAUGGAGAGAGCUACGGCGUCCGUAUGGAGCUGCAGGAGAUCUGGCCCAUCGCGGACUACAUCACUCUUCACAUGCCGCUCGUUGAAGCUACUCGCAACUUCGUCAACGCUGAGGUGUUCAAGCAGUGCAAGCGAGGCGUGAAGAUCAUCAACGUUGGGCGUGGCGGCCUCAUCAACGAACUUGACUUGCUAGAGGCUUUGCAGUGUGGACAGGUCGGAGGCGCAGCACUGGAUGUGUUCGAAAAGGAACCGCCGACUGACUUGCUGACGUGGGAUGUUAUCAACCAUCCAUCGGUAUUGGCCUCUCCACACCUGGGCGCCUCUACAAAAGAGGCUCAAGUUCGAGUCGGAGAGGAAAUCGCCGAGCAGCUCGUGAACCUGGUGAAGCCCGGCACCUACCCGACACCGCUCGCGGUAGUUACGCAAAUUUUGGGAAAUGCCUAACGAGUUCCCCUUUUUUAUUUUUCUAUACUUUUCAUACCUAUGUUUAAGUUUUUUAAUUUGAUAAUUUUUCAUUAUUGAUAAGGGUCUUACACAUAAAAUUUACUGCGGUGAAAAUUCGUAAUAUUAUGUUGUCAUUUAUAGUUCAUACAAAAUGAGAACUCAUUCGGCAUUUCCGCUCUCUGUGUCAACUGUCAUUUCAGAAGUACGAUUUUAGGUUCCAUUCUAUCUUGUAUUGCUCCGAGGUGCCGUGAGAUCUUAGGCCUCAUUCACACGAGAGCUUUCUUAACGUCCGUUAAUAAAGCGUGCAAAUAGUACAAUGUAUAUUCCCAAGUAUAUAUUGUUCACAUGUCAACGCGUUUUCACGUGGGAAAUACAUACUAUACUUGGGAAUACAUUUGUCCUAUUUGGAUGGAUUUUAACGGACGUUAAAAAGCUCUCGUGUAAAUGAGGCCUUAAGGUGAACGGUAUCUACUUUUGCCAUGACAGUUGGCACACAGAGUUUAAAUAGCGAGUGAGAUCUCAUUUUGUCUCAAUAAACAUUUAAAAAAAAAAAAAUUCAUAUAUGUAGUAUGAAACUUGCUCGCUUUAUUUGGAUCGAACAGUUCGUUUGAUCACAAAUGUUAUUAAUGUACCAAUCAUAUUAUUACUUGUGCCUUAUGACUACUUUUACUAUUAAAUGUGUUUUAUUUUUUCAUAAUUAAAAUGUAUUCAUUAGUACUUA